CGGGAAUCACGGCAAAUAGAUGGCAAAAGCCACGGUAGACAACCGAGCACCGAGACAGCCAGAGCCUGACCUGUUUGAACAAUGGAACAUUGGAAUUGGCCACACGGCCUAUUGCUAAACUGAAACGCGGGGAAUGUGGGGUGCCAUUUCUCCUGCUCUGAGGAUUACCCCGGAUCGACAAUGGAGAGUCGGUUAUUGUCUGUUUUGCGGAGAACUGAAGCUUAUAUCUGGCCAUUGGUUUGCCCGCGAUAUAUCUAUCUAGGCCACCUCUGGCUGUCUUAUCUUGAUGCCAGUCUUCAUAUGCCUCAUCUCAUCGAUCUUGACCCAGCAUCUGAGACAACAAGGAGAGCCCUCAUACCACCAACAUGACCCCCCAGGAACGAACGGCAUGGUUUGCCGCCACGGCCGCAGCCAUGGUCAUGGCUCUUGCAGGAUACGACGCAUCGACGUUUAAUUCGAUUCAGGGUUUCGAAACCUUCAUCAACCACUUCAAAGAACCCGGAGACGAUGCAAUUCAGCCAAAUAUUCUGGGCGGUAUCAACACAGCCUACCACGUAGGUGCCAUUGUCUCUGGACUCUUGAUUUCCCCCACCAUCUCCAAGAAGUUUGGCCGCAAGAUCCCGAUCCAGAUUGGCACCUCCAUUGUCCUGAUAUCGGUUAUGAUUCAGACCUUUGCGCCAAACAUUGUGUGCUUUAUCGCCGGUCGAGUGCUCAUGGGUCUGGGUAAAGGUAUCAGCAUGAACAAUGGUCCGACUUACAUCGCCGAAAUUGCCCCCGCCAAGAUUCGUGGAAUCAUGCUUUCCCUUUGGCAGCUCUGGUAUACUAUCGGUGCUUUUAUAGUGUACUGGGCAGCAUACGGAGCCCAGAGGACCACGCUUGACAUGGGUAUCUGGCAAUGGCGCAUUCCGCUGUUUGUCCAGAUCCCCAUCCCCGUCUUUAUUAUCGUUUCUAUCUUCUUCUGUCCAGAGUCACCGCGAUGGCUGGUCGAGAAUGAUCGUGUUGAGGAUGCUCGCUCUGCGCUGACCCGCGUCCGGAACGAUCAGAUCGAUGAGGAGGUGGCCGAUAUUGUGACGGCUGUCGCUUACGAGAAGUCGACCACCAAGCACUGGGACAAGUGGUGGGCACCUUACUGGACUUUGGUUCGAGAGCCCUCUCUUCUCCGUCGCACCCUUGUUGUUAUCUUCAUCAAUGUCGGCCAGCAGAUCUCCGGUAGCUCUUCCCUCAAUGCCUACACCACCCUGAUCUACAAGUCUGUCUUCAAGAGUACCGAGACGAUCGCCCUCAUCAACGCUUUGUCAGGAACCUGCUCUAUCAUCUUUACCCUUAGCUGCACCCUCCUCGUUGACCGGGUGGGCCGACGCUGCAUCCUCAUGGUUGGUGCAGCCGGUAUGUGUAUCUCACUCCUGGUUGUCGCCAUCCUUGGAAUGAAGGUCCCGGAGAGCGCGGAUGGAACCCGGCCUUACGGCAUGGGCGUGGCUGUGGCCGCCAUGUUCUUCCUUUUUAUCUUCUUCUACAAGCCAUCUUGGGGAGCUACAGUCUGGGUUUACACCUCAGAAAUCUUCUCGACAGAUGUGCGAGCUCACGGUGUCGCCAUUGGCGCCCAGUCACAAUCUGUGGCUUCGACCAUCCUCAACCAGUUUUUCCCCACAUUCUUGAAGAAUUGUGGUUUCUACACAUUCUUCUUCUUCGUCGGGGUUAACGCACUUUUGCUCGUCGGUGUCUUCUUCUUUCUUCCAGAGACAAAGGGUGUUCCUCUCGAAGAAAUCGAUGUCUUGUUUGGUUCGGUCUCCCAUAGAGAGAAGGGAGAAGAUGUUCUGGAGGGCAAGAUGAAGGCUGACAGCCUCGAGGGCGAGCCUACAAUUGUUCAUCACAACGGUUUUACCUCCAAGUAGGUAUGAUGGGCUGCUGAAGGGGGUGCAGCAGAUCGCCAACAAAUGUUGUGUCGGUAUAUGACAUUAACUAGUUUCUAUAACCCAUACUAUCAUUACUCCUUUCUCAACGAUCUCCCAC